AUGCCUGCAGGUGAAACAAAUCUCCGCGUCGCCUCCCCCACAGUGCUUAACAGCACUGAAGCGGCGCCUUUCUCCACACCAGGCGGAGCAGGGAAUCCGUGCCCGGGAAGCCUCUGUAGCCGUAGAGCGCAGGGUUUCGUAGAGAUUCGUCUUUUUAAAGGUUUUGGAGUGGUUCUUGCAAGCCUAGUGGGGGCGUUCUUGGUGAUGAAGUGCAGUCGAGCUCUUUCUGAGACCGAGACUUCUCCUGCUGCCCAAAGAGCCCUCGCAAACGAGCGACACUGGUACCCUGUGGGAAUGUGUGGUUUACUCGGUGCUGACGACAGCUCAACUUCUGAAAAGGUGGAAGGCGGCGGCGUAGAGACAAAAGCACCGUUGGGUCUUGCAGGCCGCACUUUGGGCCCUUUUCCAGUGGCCACGGCUCCACAAAGUUUCACAGUGCAGGCAUUACAGGCUCCUGCACCGCCUCCUGGAAUCUCACUGGGAGCUGUAUCCAUUUCUCAGGUAGGAAGCGCCUCAACUGCGGAGGAACAACCGCAUAUCCCUUUCACAUUCCCCUCGGAGGAGGCACCCUGGUUCAUAGCAGGACCGGUCCGUGACGAAGGUCUUAGUGGGCCGUUCUACGGUGUUCCGGUCGGCGAACCUAUUCCAGGGCCCUCCCAGACUGGCUCAUAUCAAGGUGCUCCGGGACACACGCCGCCGCUUUUAUUCGAUCAACUGAGUGGAGUUGGUGGACAGUUCGUGAGAACGUCGGUGCUUACGUCAGGACAGCAAAGCCAGAUUGUUCAGCCAGCUCAUGUUGACGCGAGCGGCGAGCUUCUUCCCCCAAAGAAGCUCGCGAAGACAGCAGAGCACUUUGGAAGCAGCAGUCAGCUGCCUUGCAUCCCCUAA